CUCAGAGCAUCGCCGCGCAGUGCGGAGGAGCGGAGCGGAGCUGCGUUUCAGGCUGUUUUUUUUUUACACUUUAUAUGACUUUUUUCAUUCGUUUAUAAGCGCUGGUGUCGUCGUUUCCUAUGUCGGCGCGGACUUUUUGCACUUUGUCGCGGAGAACCGAGAGCGCUUCGCCCCGUUCAGCCUCCUCAGGGAAUCCCGGGCUGAGCUAAUCACCCCCCGCCUCUCCUCAUGUGGAAAUCCUCCAGGUUCUCCCAGCCGCUGCGGUGUCUCGACUCGAGAUGGACCUGGAGAGCUUGUCGUAGGAUGAGCGGCCGGUCAGGCGGAGAGAGGGGACUGUGAAACAGAGAGAGAGAGAGAGAGAGAGAGAGAGAGACUGAGAGGAGCUGAGGGGGGAAAAUGGUGCAGAACGUGAUUUUGGUGUUUUUCCGCAGGAGGCUCAGCCAGAGACCCGCGGUGGAGGAGCUGGAGAGCAGAAACAUCCUCAAACAGAGGAACGACCAGACGGAGCAGGAGGAGAGGAGGGAAAUUAAACAGAGGCUGAACAGAAAGCUGAACCAGCGUCCCACAGUAGACGAGCUACGCGAACGAAAGAUCCUCAUCCGCUUCAGCGACUAUGUCGAAGUGGCCAAAGCUCAGGACUAUGACAGAAGAGCAGACAAGCCCUGGACAAGACUGUCUGCUGCAGACAAGGCAGCAAUACGGAAAGAGCUGAACGAGUUCAAGAGUAACGAGAUGGAGGUUCACGCAUCAAGCAGACACCUCACCAGGUUCCACCGGCCGUAGCAAGGUAUCUUCUGUGAAGAAUAUGCUGGACAUCAAAGGAGGUCCUCGGGAGGAUCCUUCCUGUGCCCUGGCCCAUUAGGUGGUCCCUGGAGGGCCCUGCUGUUUUUGGGCAUUAGUUGAACCUUGGAGGCUAUGUCUCUGGAGCUUCAGCUCGGAGAAGCGAAAGCUCGUGCAACUCCGAAUCUCCACUCAGCCAAGCUUCGUCUCUGUAGAUUUCUGUACCUGGUUUUGGUUUUCAUUUGUUUUCGACUUUUUCUCCAGGAGAAGCUUGAUGAAUGAUGGAACACUGUUCAGAAAAAAAAGAAAAAGAAACCCAGGCUCUUUUUUAACGGACUCUUUUUUAAGUUUGCCUUUCAAUGCCAAUAGGGAGGGUUGUUGGGGGGAGGGGGGUCUUUGCAUGUGACUCAAAACUCAAACCGUUUUCCCUCACCAGUGCUGGUACUGUAGUCACACCCCGAGUUUGUGGGCUCCCACUAAAAACUUGAGUUUCAUAUCAGCUGUAUAAAUGUCAGUCUGAGGGGGAAACAAAAGGAAUUCAUGUCUUACCUUUGUAAGCACUAUUUAUUGUCUGCACAGUACAAGUUUUGGAUUUUUGAGAAACAAAA